AUGACGGUUCUCUCCGGGAAGACUCUUCUUGUCAGCCAACUGCACGGCAGCCGAUCCAACACUUCUAUCCUAACCAUUCCGCGUCACCGCAUGCUCAAUCCCGAACUAUCGUCCACCGUCGUUUUCGGUGGCGAGGUCACAAUCACCUGGCCCUUCAGCAUCGUCACCAAGUCCUUGGCUUUCAAGCUGGUAGAGUCCGACUUCCGUCUGCGCCUGAACAAGGGACAGGUGCGCGUCGAGUUCAGCGGUGCUGCAGCCAGAGCCGUCGCCGAGGCAUCGAUCGGCGGAGGUGACCAGGUCCGUCUGAGUCUCGAGGGUGCCCAGUGGGAAGACUCACCGCUCCCCGUGCGACCCGACACGCUGCAGUGGCAGAUCAAUUUCACGCGGAAGCUUCGUCUGCUGCUGCGCCGUGCCGACUCCGACAGAGAUGGCGAAAGCAUAGUUGUCGACGCCUCCGACGAAGAGGAGGAGAAGGACGCCGCCGCCGCCGCCGCCGCGCCGCCGUCUACGUUCCCGCUGCCGGAACCGUCGACGCCCGAACCCGCUCGCUUCGAGAGCAUACCCCUUCCCAGGACGGCUGGCCCGGCCUUCCCGGCGGCAAAGAGGUUCGCUUCCGCGGCCUUUGAUGACGAUGAGUACGCGUCGCCCGCGUUUCUGAAGAGGGCCAGGGUGUCGUAUGGAUCCCUGUUCGAGGACGGCCUGGACCCCUUCGAAGAAGACGAUGAGACCAAGACCGGCCGGAAGAAGAAGAGGAAGCGCGGACGCUUCAGCAUGCAUGCCAACUGGCGGUAUGCGAGCCGCACGCCGAGCCCUGAGCCGGAGGUGGAAGAUGCCGAAUCCGGUACCCCUGGGCAGGAAGAGUCCCCCCAACAGCAGGAGGAGCAUGUGCAGGGAGAAGCGCCUGUUACGCCUGUGCUGCGGGGCUCAUCAGUGAUGGGUGAGGGGUCCCAGACCAUGGAUGAUGCUCCCGUAGAUGCACCCAGCGUGCCGCCAGCGGGAGGUGGCCUAGAAGUGACGGCGCCAUCAUCGCCCACACCAGCUGGAGCUCAGCUGGCUGCUGUGCCGGAGCUCGCCUCGCAUCAUAUACCAGAGGCGCCUGCCGUACCGACAGAGGAGGAGCCGGCGCGAGCACCCGAACCGACACACCAAUACACGGAUAUCGACAGCCACGAAUUCCACGACGACGACUUCGACACCGCCAUGGAGAUGCACGAUGCUGCUGGAUCCCACCUCCUGCCCGGGGACAAACCGGAGUUUCCCCCGGGCUCGAUAUCCGGUCCCGCCGACGACUUCUACUCGGCACCGAUGGACUUUGGCCACCCCGAAAGCGUGCUCCCCGAUCAGAUGUAUGCACCGCUGGACCAUGACGAGUUCCACCAGCAGCACCCCGCAGAUCACCAGCACCCCCACGCUACCGAGAUCCCCUAUUACCACGCGCCACAAAAUGACUUUGAGAACCCCGUCGAGAUCAUCGACAGCUCUUCCCCGCCUAGGGCACCCAGUCCAAGGCCUAAACCUCGGUACGGAGACGAGCAGCCUAGUGCUCAGCAGGAGCGGGAGGGAGAGCAAGACGUGGCGGCAGACGAGGAAGAAGGAGAGGAGGCACAGAAUUCGUCGAUGGAUGCCGAUGGGGAUGACGACGAUGCGCCAUCCAUAAAAAGUCAGGAAGUCAUACAAUAUCCCGACGACGUAGACGACAUCGAUCAGGACGAUGAUGGCAAGGAUGUCUCAGGGGAGGACUACGAUCUACGAAAUUACCAAGAUACCCAGGAUGACGUCGCCGAGGAGUCUGGUGCCAGUGCUGUUGGGGACGAGGAUGGGGACGAGGUUGGCUCUGAUGACCAGGUUGGUGACUCUAAGGAGAAGGUUGGGGAGGAGAGUGAAGAGGAUGAAGAGGAUGAAGAGAAGGAGGAGGAGCAUAGGGAUGAGAAUAUAGCACCACCUGAGCAGAACGAUCGCAACCCUUUUGGUCAGGAUGUCGAGGAGGAGGAGUACUCAUCUCGGGAUGAAAAAGGAGGAGAACAAUACUCUGACGAAGGCGAGGAUGUCCAACAAGAACAAGGCGAAUACGAUGAACCCGUCGAGGAACCCGUCAAGGAAUCCAUCGAGGAACAAUGCGGGGAAACCCCCGAGGAAUCUACAGAAAGGGACACAGUCACAUAUGACGUCCGCGAUGAGAAGACUACGACGGAGAACGCCGAUGCCGACGCCGACGAAUCAAAAAUCCAAGACCAGCCAGUCCCGUCCCAGCCCAUGGAAACCCAGGUCACGGAAUACGAACCCCAACCACCAGCCCCUCCCCAGUCCAUGGAAACACAGACGACCCAGUAUGAGUCCCAACCGUCAGCUCAGAAUGAGGUGGCAUCGACAGAGGCAGAGCAGGUAGACUCGCAGGAGGGCAUGGUGGUCGACGACACGCAGCAGCGUCCGGGUGCGUCCGAAGUCGAAGACACUAAACCCGGCGACGAAAACGAAAAUGGAGAUGGCGUGUCAGAAGUGUCGGUGACGCAAGACGCAGACGGCCAGAAGGCUCCGACAGAUGUGGUUGCGACCGAGCCUUCUGCUGCUGCUGCUGCUGCUGCUGCUGCUGCUGCUGCUGCUGCUGCUGUUGAUGAUGAGCCUACAACCGAGACUGGCCACGUGACCGAGGAAUCUGAAGACGUACUCAUGGACGUGGACGAGGAGACUACGCAUGCUGGAAACAAGGAGCCCGGUUCGCCUACGGAGAUGCACGAGAUGCACGAUGUGCAAAUGUCUGAGGCCGAGAAUGCAGAGGUCCUGGAGCAUGUGGAUGCGACAGAGGUGGAUGGUGCACCAGCUACUACUGCUCAGGAGCAACAAACGGCAGGCGUUGAGACGGAAGAGCAACGGCCGGAUACGACACAAGUCUCCGAGGACGGCAGGGGAAAGUCUCAACAAUCCGAGGCUACAGAAGCUUUUACACCCACCUCUGCCGCUCCCUCUGACACCGAGGAAGCGGCUGCCACAACGUCACUGUCACCGGCCAAGGGAGAUGCCGAGGUUGCCGACGGCAGCACACCAGUCGGGGCAGCAUCACCUCUCGCGACAGAGUCAGAUGAGGAAAUGGCGGAUGCGGAUGCGGAUGCAGAUGUGGACGUGGUGGUGAAGGAAAGGAGACGGGUUGAGGAGGCUGGACAACUCCCGACCCCGCGUGAGACGCAGCAGGGUGCCCCCCCUGCCCCUGCCGCAGACGAGACGCAGCGGCAGCAGCCGGACGAAAGGGAGGACGAUCGAGGAAAUGGGAAGGAGAUGGUGGAUGGUGACGGUGACGAAGAAGAUCCGGAAGCUGAAUACUCGUUCGCGGCGGAGCAGCAAAUCGUGAGGGAGUCCCAGCAGCAGUACGAGGACGACGACGAGGACGAUGAGGAGGAAGCAUCAUCGGCUGCAGCAAGCCAAGUCGAACAAGAGCACGCCGAGGACCAGCAGCAGCAGCAACAGCAAGGCUCACGUACAGGAGAGAGAGCCCAUGAGGCGAGCAUGGCGAGCACAGAGAUAGCCGGUGCUCCGGGAUUGGACGGUGUCAAGGACGAUCCGCUGAUCACGACUGCAGCCACAGAAUCUCCGACGCUAGUCGCCAAGGUCGACGGGAGGAGCCGAAGCAAGAGCAUCGCCAGCCAAUCACCGCCGAACAGAUACUCGACGGCAGACUCGGAGGAGUACAACAGCAGCAUGAGCACGAGCAAUCUCAACGAGUACAUUCUUAGGCUGAGGGUGCAGCUGGGACGAGACCUGCGGACCAAGCUGGGGGGCUUCCUCCCUCUCAAGAACCUGCGCGGCUCGCUGGGCCGCACCUCGGACUUUAUGGGCGUGGCGACGGCGACGCCGGGACAGGCCACGCGGCCCCGCGGCGGACCGCGGGACUACAUGCUCGAGCUUGCGCUGACGGACACGUCUGCGGCGGCGGCGACGGUGACGGUGGCGCACGUCUUCCGACCGCACCUGGCGUCCCUGCCAGCGGUGAGGCAAGGUGACGUGGUCCUGCUGCGGAGGUUCCAGGUCGUGGCCAUGAAGGGUCGGGGGUUCGGGGCCCGCUCGGGCGAUGAGUCUGCCUGGGCCGUGUUCGAGGCAUCAUCACCAUCCGCAUCCGCAUCUGCCAGCGGUACCGGUAACAGAAGCAGCGGCAGCGGCAGCAACAGAAAGGGACAACUAGAUGGUCGAGGAGACGGAGGAGAGGAUGACGGCGACGACGCCCCGCAGAUCAAGGGUCCUCCGGUCGAGGUAUCGGAGGUAGAGCACGAGUACGCCAGGGGUCUGAGGAGGUGGUGGGGUAUGCUGGAUGAUGGGGCGAGGGAGAAGGUGGCAAAGGCGACGCAGAGGAAAAUUUCGGCUCAGAGGUAA